AAAAGCCUCGGGCCCCCACCACCCCUCUCCUUCCUUACCCCCGCGAUUCUUGGAGUUCGAAAUAGAAAUAGGAAAGAAAAGCCCCCAAAAAAAAGUACGGAGAUUUCGCCUUUUCGCAUGAAUCUUCGAUUCCCACGGAGCAGGGAAAGGAUCAUAAGAUUAGAAAACAGGGAUUGAAUCGAGAAAGAGAUGUCAGCUGCUGGGAUAUUCGUCUCCGAUCCCUGGCUCCAGAACCAAUUCACCCAGGUGGAGCUCCGAGGCCUUAAAUCCAAAUUUCUUUCCGCGAAGAAGGAGUCGGGUCCUGUGAAGCUGGGAGAUCUUCCACCGAUGAUGGUAAAGUUGAAGGGUCUCAAUGAGUUGCUCACCGAGCAAGAAAUAACAGCGAUCUUGGGCGAGUCGUAUCCUGACACCGACCAAGAGAUAGACUUUGAGUCAUUCCUUCGGGUAUAUUUGAAUCUACAGGCGAGAGCAGCAGCCAAAUUGGGCGAUGCGAAGAACUCAUCGUCAUUCUUGAAAGCAACGACCACCACACUCCUUCAUACCAUUAAUGAAUCGGAGAAGGCAUCGUAUGUGGCGCAUAUAAACAGUUAUCUUGGGGAGGAUCCAUUUCUGAAGAAGUAUCUGCCUCUGGACCCUGCCUCUAAUGAUCUGUUCAACCUUGUGAGGGAUGGUGUCCUCCUCUGUAAAUUGAUCAAUGUUGCGGUGCCGGGGACAAUAGAUGAAAGGGCAAUCAAUAGGAAACGAGUACUCAAUCCAUGGGAGAGGAAUGAGAAUCAUACUCUUUGCCUCAAUUCUGCAAAGGCUAUUGGGUGCACCGUGGUUAACAUUGGAACACAGGAUCUGGUUGAAGGGAGGCCUCAUUUGGUACUUGGUUUGAUAUCUCAAAUUAUAAAGAUACAACUGCUAGCAGAUCUUAACCUCAAGAAGACACCUCAAUUGGUGGAGUUGGUGGAUGACGGCAAGGAUGUGGAAGAGCUGAUGAGCUUGGCACCAGAAAAAAUGUUACUGAAAUGGAUGAAUUUUCAUCUCAAGAAAGCAGGUUACAAGAAAACUGUAACAAAUUUUUCCUCUGAUGUUAAGGAUGGAGAGGCAUAUGCUUACCUUCUCAAUGCUCUUGCUCCUGAAUAUUGUAGCACAGCCACCUUGGAUACCAAAGAUCCUAAUGAAAGGGCAAAAAUGGUACUUAACCAAGCAGAGAAAUUGGAUUGCAAAAGAUAUUUGUCUCCAAAGGACAUUAUUGAAGGCUCUCCUAAUCUGAAUCUUGCAUUUGUAGCACAAAUAUUCCAGCACAGGAACGGUCUGUCUGCUGACAGCAAAAAGAUGUCCCUUGCAGAGAUGAUGCCUGAUGAUAUCCAAGUAGCUAGAGAAGAAAGAGCCUUUCGGUUGUGGAUCAACAGUCUUGGAAUUGCAACAUAUGUUAAUAAUUUGUUUGAGGAUGUCAGAAAUGGAUGGGUUCUUUUGGAAGUACUGGACAAAGUGUCUCCUGGAUCAGUUAAUUGGAAGCAGGCAACAAAGCCUCCCAUCAAGAUGCCAUUUAGAAAGGUGGAGAACUGCAACCAAGUUAUAAAGAUUGGAAAGGAGUUGAAUUUUUCACUAGUAAAUGUUGCUGGGAAUGACAUUGUACAAGGAAAUAAGAAGCUCAUUCUUGCUUACUUGUGGCAGUUAAUGAGAUUCAAUAUGCUCCAGCUCCUGAAGAACUUGAGAUGCCACUCCCAGGGAAAAGAGAUAUCAGAUGCUGAUAUCCUAAGUUGGGCCAAUAAUAAAGUGAAGAAAUCAGGCAAAACUUCGCAAAUGGAAAGUUUUAAGGACAAAAGACUGUCAAAUGGAAUAUUUUUCCUUGAGCUUCUUAGUGCUGUCAAGCCAAGGGUUGUAAGCUGGAAACUUGUUACGAAGGGUGAAGAUGAUGAAGAGAAGAAGUUGAAUGCUCAAUAUAUAAUCAGUGUUGCAAGAAAGCUUGGAUGUUCUGUCUUUUUGUUGCCUGAGGACAUAAUGGAGGUAAACCAGAAGAUGAUCCUUACACUAACGGCCAGCAUCAUGUAUUGGAGUCUGCUGCAACCUGCAGAAAACUCUGAAGCACCCUCAGAAAUUGCAGAGCCUGAUGCUGAGGUGUCUGAGCCAUCCAACCUAGAUGCUACCUCAUAGAAAUUUCCCGCAGAUAGAUAAGAUGAAAGUGAUGUUGCGAACAGCAUUUCAACCGUAACCAUUGAUGAUGUGGCUUCAGACACCUCAAAAAUUGAAAAUGGCAAUGGUACCAUUGGAGAGCAACUCAUAAACUCAGUCUCUCCAAAGAAAAGCAUAGUGAAAAAUAAAAAGAGAAAAGGCAUCAAGUAUUUCGGUAGAAAACUUUUAAUAGAUCCACUAGAUAGUAGGAUGCUUUUUUUUUGUAUCUCAUAGUGGUUACAUCCAAAGCAAAAUCUUUUUGCUUUUAAAUUUCUCAUUUGAGAAGGAAAACACAAUUAUAGGUAUCAGAUUAUGUUUAUAGGUUUUUUUAAUUCUGUUAUAGGUAUUCUUUGACAGUCGAAUUUUUGUCAAAUAAAUUUUU